AUGCCUGCUCCAUCAAAAUAUACUCUCGGAGUCCCCUACUACUCCCAGGUGGAGUUUAUCACCGAUACCACCGCCACGUACCGCAUGCUCUACUUCGUCCGUAAUGUCGAGCCAGAACAGGAAAAGUGGUACUGGCGCGUUUAUACAUGCUGUCUCGUCAUUGUGGCAAUUGAUUACAUCUGGAAUCCGAAAGACCGUGGUUACAAUAUCUUCGUUGGACCUGCGUACAUGGUCACUCUACCACCAGUGGACCAUGAUCUGGAUGUUCAAGGACAAUUCAACAAUUCUUAUGAUGCUCACCUCUUCAAGUACAGAGAGAAGCUCUCUCAUGGUGGAUAA